AACAAACAAUUAAUGAUAAUUUUGAUUGUGAAAUAUGUGAUUUUCGUAACAAUAACAUUUAAGAGGUUUACAAACACGCUGAUAUGUACGUACAGUUAGUUGGUGUAUCCGAUACACCGCUUGAAACCAGCGAGUGUGGAGAAGGGCUGGAGACUAUACAAAAGGUGUUGUCCUCUGUUAUACGUGUCCCUUUGGAGCUACAGUCUGAGAUCGACGAGCAUCUGACAAACAGCACAAGUGAAAAAGAAGGUGACAAGAUCAGUUAUGCUGCUCGUGAGGUCAUCACGACGGUCUCUUACCUUCUCUGUCAAUCCUCAGCAACUGUUAGUGGUUUACCGCUCUAUCUCCACGUGAGGUCGCUCGUUUCUCCGCAGUUUCAGGAAAAGAUCUACGUUCCCCUUCCUGCAAUGACUCUGAUAAAAUGUGGAAAAGCUUUCUCCGGAAAACUGAAUUUUAUACAAGACGUUUUUGUAAUGCCCAAUUGUCGAGAAAAUCUUUCAAAAACUGUAGAACUUUGUAGCAACUUAUUCCAUUGCCUCUGUGCUUCUGUAAAAUCAACACCUCCGAAGAAAAAAGGAAAGCCUUCGGCACCUCUUCAGCGCCUUCCCAAUAUGGAUCUGUUUACAACUUUGGACAAACCUGAUCAAAUCCUAGAUUUAAUCCUGAACACUGCCAAAGAAGAAUUAGGUCUUGUUCCUGGAGAAGACAUUUUUUUAGGCUUAUCUUGCAACGCCUCUUGUUUCUAUGUUGAUGCUUAA